UUGUUGAAAUCAUUGUCAUUAUCUCAUUUCAUCAAACAACCAAAAUAUAUUACACAUCUGACUUUUAGGAAACGAGGAAGUCAAGAAAUAUGCAAGCCAUUAGAGAAAAGAUUAGCGACAUCCGUGGAACACGCAAGGUGAAGUCCGACUCUAGACAUGAACAACAACAGGCCGAGUGGGCAAGAGCACAAGAGGAAGCUCACGAGGCAAGGCUAAUACGAGAAGCUGAAAUCGCCAUGGGUAUGCAUGCUGAAGAAUAUAUCCAACACAGAGCUAAGCUCACAGGUGACCACAUGAACACAACUGGCUAUGGUGGAAGUGGCUUAAACAAUCGACAUGUUGCUGAUCACACACAUGGAAGCUAUGGUGGUGCGGCCACACGCUAUUCUGGUGGCGCGUACACCACGUCACCUGGCCAUGACAGCCGGAAAAUGGCCAUACAUCACAAGUAUUUGUAGGUUGUACGCGUGUCGUUUUGGUUUUUAUGGGAAAAAGCGUUUAAUGAGAUGGUUAAUUAGGAUUUUAAUCAUGGAUGUAUUUUUGAUGUUAACAUUGUGUAUUAGAGGAUACAGAUCGAUGUGAAAUCAAAAUGUAUAAAUGUAUUGAGAUCGAGAGUACGUACAAUGUGUUUGACUUGAUCGAAUAGAAAGUGUUUCCAGA